AUGCAGCAGUGGCGCCCCCUUGAACCUCAUUGUUUUAAGGUAAACUUCGAUGCUGCGGUGUUUCGUGCUUCAUGUUUGGUGGGUUUAGGUGUCAUUGUUCGUAACAACAGAGGGGAGGCCAUGGGUGCUCUGUCUGCGUCCAUUCCUUUGGCCCAUUCAGUGGCAGAUUUGGAAGCCUUAGCUUGUUUGAAGGCUGUUCAGUUUGCUUUAGAGCUUGGUCUCAAUCGUGUUGUGGUUGAAGGGGAUUCUACAGUUAUCAUUAAUGCUCUCCUUCAUGGUGCGGAUUGUAUGGCCAGUUUCGGCAACAUCUUAGGCGAUAUUCGGAUGCACUCUGAUGUUUUUCAAAUUGUAGAAUUUGCUUCUGUUAAUCAUAAGUGUAAUGCUGUGGCAGAUGCGCUUGCUAAGAAAGCAAAGACAGUUAGGGGGGUUCAGGUUUGGCUAUCUGAUUUGCCAGCUGAUAUUGCCCCGUUGCUUUUGUUUGAUGUUCGUUAA